AUGGGUUAAGCUUGUGGCAAAAAUCAUAUAUAUGAGAGGGCUGAAUUAAUCUACUAUGAAAAGAAAGUAAUUAGAAGUGUAAAGGCUGAAAUUCGUUCAAAAUAUUCGAAAACUUAGUCAAUUAAAUAAGUAUGUGGGAGAAAGGAAUUUUUAACAUUGUUAAUGUAACCUGAGCUUUAUCAGGAGCUUCAAACAAAGCUUGCUAACGAAUAAGAUAUUAAUAAGGAAAGCAUAUAAAUCGUUUUGAAUGUAUAAACUCAACUAUUCUAAGAUUUUUAUAUAUUGUAAUUUUAAAGGAGAGAAGAUUAAGAAUUGCUUUAAUUUGUUAAAUACUAAUAGUGAUUAUAAAGAAGACUUAAAAUUAAUUGGAAUCUAUCGCGAGUCCUCUUUAAAAUGUCAUAAGAAUGAUUCAUGCAUAUUGUGCUUGUCUGAGAAUAUGGAGUGCUAUAGUUUAAGGUGUGAGCAUAAGUUUUGCAAAGAUUGUUGGGAUCAAAUGAUAGAAAUUUAAUUGUCAAACUUUAUACCGAUUGUGAAAUGUUUAGAAUAUCGAUGUUUCGAAAGAUUACCUCAUUUGUAUUUGGAAUAGAAUUAGUCUUACAAAGAAAUAUUGGUUAAGAGGAUGUUGGAUAAUGAUAGAAAUUUUACUUGGUGUCCAGGUAUAGAUAAAAUGUUAUUUAUAAGGAUUUUAAUGUUAAAACAUUUAUAAAUUAGAGUAGUUUUCAUAGAAAUAGAAAUGCCAUUGUGGGUUAAAGUUUUGUCCAAAUUGUAAGACGGAUAAUCAUUAUCCCAUAACUUGCCAUAUUUAUAACGAAAUCACAUAAUUUAAAGAAGCAAAUUAAUCUUGGAUAUCAUUAGACAUUUCUGCAUGUCCUAAUUGCAAGAGAUACAUACAAAAGAUUCAAGGCUGCAUGUAAAUUUCAUGUGUUUGUGGGAAUGACUUCUGUGUGAAAUGUUCAUUGCCUUGGAAUCCAGAUCAUGGGUAGGACUUUUAUAAUUGUCCAUUUGCAGCUCAUAAUAAAAACCCUUCUUAAAUAAUGAAUUAAAUGUGCCUAAAUGAGUCUGCUAUAUCAAGGAUUAUUUUUGAAUUAGAGUAUUAUCAGAGGUUACUAAAUUAAUAAAACCAUAAUGAUUCCACACACAUACUGAGGAGAGGUUUGAAUAAUUUAAUAAAAUUUAAGAAAUUCGAAAAAAUGUAAAAAUUUAUUUUAGUUUAGUGUUUUAUAUUAUACUUAUUAUUUAAAUGAAAAAUUUGGUGAUCAUGGAUUCGAUCACAGUCAGGAAAAAUAUUCUUAAGAAUUAAAAAACUACUAUAGAAUUCUACUAAAUUAAUUAUCAAGUAUUCUUGAGGAAGUCUAGAAGGUUGAAAAAAAUGAAAUGAUUGAGUUCAACAUUUUUUAAAAUUUGGCGUUUUAGAUGGAUUUGAAUUUGUAUACUUAAAAAUAAUGUCUUAAAAAAUAAAUAAUUGAAAAUCAAUAAGAAAAGCAGUAGAAUAUACACUGA